AUGGUUGCGGAGGGUUCGAGCACCUCCGCUAGUGACGCUGCGAGCGACAAAGCCGCUGCGAAUAUCUUGAAGGUGCCCGCCAGUCCCCAGCAGCAAUCGCUGCCCCUGCCGUCUUCGCCCUCUUCGGUCGUCCGCCGCAAGAUGGCCUCCAAUGCGCCCUCUGCUGCGAAGAAGGACGCUGUACCACCCCGUCGACCCGCUGCCACGAGCGGCGCCACUGCCUCGGCGGGCGCCCGCCGGCCAGCCGCUGCGUCCACAAGCACAACAACGCGCUCGCCCUCCAGCGCGUCAAAGCCCCUCGCCAGCUCGACAUCGCGGCUCGCCGGUGCGGGCUCUAGCUUGAACAAGCCGCCGACACGUGCACCCGCAGGCACAGCAGCCAGACGCACUGCGCUGGGGAGCAAAUCUGCCCCGGCCGAUAGUGAGCCUGAGCUGUCGUCGGUGACCUCAGGGGACGAGAACAGGAAGCCAGCAGUGCGCCGGACCAUAGGAGGGGCAAGUGCAGCAGGCAGGGCCACACCGUCAGAGAGGAGGUCAACAAUCACACCGUCCACAUCCGCUGCAAAGCGCCCCUCGACCACCUCACGGCCCACUGCUGAGAACACAACCACUCGAGCACCACCACGCGCCUCACUCGCAUCGUCAACCUCGAGGCCUGUAACCACACGCCCUGCAACGACCACGCGCACCCCUCAGCAUAUCAUACCAAAAGCGCCUGUCUCUAUUAUAACCCCCAAGACGCCCGUUGCGCACGCAAAGAAGCUCUCUAUCAAUUCUGUGCCGUCGCCGUCGAGAGCAGCUCCCGCAGACGCACUCACGUAUAGCGCUGUCGAUGUUCCCCCGAGGAGCUAUGGCCCACUCAAGGACAAAGCUGCAUCCGAUGCCGAAGUCGAAGUCAAGAAGACCAUCCCGUUCGGUCCCCUCAAGGCCGGCCUGCCAGAAGUAGGGGAGGAGGACAGACGGCCCGGCACUGCUCCCAGUGGGCCUGCAGAGGUCGAUGAGGAGAGCAAGAGGCGCAGCCUAGCGGUGAUGCAAGAUUUUUUCAAGGAGACUAGUCUACGCGAGAAGCUCCAGGAACAGUGCGACGACCUCAACCGCGAAGUCGACCGGCUACAGUCCACCAACACGAAGCUGAGGAAACAGCUGGUCGAUGCGCAGACUGCCAUCACCGAGAAGGAUAAGGCUGUCGCUGGCUCAGGCGCAGAUUCGACUGGCUGGGACGAGCACAAGCACAACACGAUUGUCAAUGGCAUGGAGAAGAAGUUCGCGCUAGAGACGAAGCUGCUGGAAGAGCAGAAACAGGAGCUGAAGGAGGAGAAGCGAGUGGCACAAGAGAAGGAAGCUCAGGUGCUCGAUGACCUCAACGUGGAGCUCGAGCGCCAGGGCCGCGAGUGGGAUGCCGAAAAACUACAGCUCGAGGUGACGGCUUUGAAAGAAGAGCGGGAUACACUCUCAGCCGACCUGGCCAGCGCCAACAACCUUGAGCAGAGCCAUUCAGACGACACAGUGGAGACACUGCGCGCUGCGUCAGAAAAGGCCAAGCAAUCACUUGCGUCGAAAUCGUCAGAAUCGUCAAAGGUCGUGGAGGAGCUACAGGCGAAGAAGGAUGAGGAGCUGCAGGAUGACCUCGCAAAGCUGCAGCAGCGCGCCGAUCAGACUACUGCAGACCUCGAGAGCGAGCGCGCCGCGCAUGCCGAACACCUGAAGGCGAAGAUUGCCGAGAUACAAGAGAGCAGUCAGAACGACUUGAUUGCUAAAGAGGCGGACAUCUCCAGUCAUCUCCAGUCCAUCGAGGACCUGCAGAACCAGAUCACGAUGUCGCAGGAGCUUACCCAGCAGAUUACCGAGCAGAACGAAGAGCUCGUUCAGCAGCUGGAAGCUAUCAACGAUCAACUCCGCUCUGACGCUACUGAGAUCGCGCAGUUGAAGCAGGAAGCGGAUGGCCUGCGCAUGACCCUCGAUGCGCGACACGCCACUGCUCUUGACAACAGAGCAGACUCGUACAAGACCGAUCUGGAGACUGCCAAAGAUAGGCACAGGCAGGAUCUACGCGUUCUUGGAGAGGAUCACGAGGGAGAUGCGAAGAAGCGUCUCGACAAGCUUCAAGCCGAAUACGACGCUCUUGUCGCCGAGAAGAACGCUGCGCUUGAAGGCCAUGAGAAAAGUCUUGCAGACAGAGCCAAGGAGCUUGACGAGGCACAGAAAGAGCUCAGCACGAUGAAGGAGCGCUCCGGCUCUACCUCGCAAGUGCUGGAAGAGAAGACUGCCUUGGCCGAAUCCCAUUACACUGCACAAAAGCAGAUUGCUGACUUGGAAGCUCGAGUCGAAGCUCUGACCAAGGAGAGCGGCCUGAUCAUAGAUUUGCAGGCACGACUCGACGCAUCGACGGAAGACAAGCAAGCUGCCAAUGAAGCUCUUGCGACGGCGGAGAAGUCAUUCACUGAUCUUCAGGCCAAGCUCGAUGCUCUGGCUCAAGAGAAGCAAGCUGUUGAAGAUGAACGUGUCAAAACUGAGCAGGCUCUUGCCAAGAUUCAGAACCUGGAAAAGUCCGUCGCCGAACUCAAGGCUCAACGCGAGACUCUCGCCGAAGAGAAAACCGCAAUGGAAGACUCGCACGCUCGCACCGUCGAAGCCUUGAAGCAAGAUUCCGAGAGCGCAACCAAGCAGAUCCUCAACAAUCUUCAAUCGAAGUACGACACCCUGCUUGAGGAGAAGAGGAACGUCGAGGACUCGCACACAACUGAGCUGGGAGACAUUCAAGCCAAAUGUGACACGCUUGUCAAGCAACUUGGGGAAGUCGAGCAGAAGCUGGAAGAGAGUACAACGGCACAGAAAACGGCAGAAGUAGCACAUGCGGAGGUCCUCGACAAAGCACUCACGACGCAGCGGCAAGAGAUCGAGCAGAAAUACGUGGCACUUCUUGAAGAAAUUCAGUCUGAUAGCACCAAACGCGAGCAGGAGAAGAGUACAGCUCUUACAGAAAAACAGUCAGCGCUCGACGAACUCGAGGCUCUGAAAAGUGAGUUACACGCUCAGAUUGACGAUCUCAAGCACGAGCUUGCAGAGAAGGAAGAGAUUGAUUCGGCCGGCUUGGUCGAGUCUGCCGCCGACAAAGAGGCACACGAAGCUGCAAUCGAAGACCUCAGAAACUCACUGAGCGAGGAGUAUGAGCGUGCCAAGCACGAAGCCUAUGCUGAACUUGAGUCCCUCAAAGACGAACUGGCCUCGAAGGAGCAGGCUUAUUCGGCCGGUCUGGCUGAGGUAGCGGAAAAGUAUGAGUCGCUCUUGGCUGAGCAGUCUGCCGCCGACAAGAGGGAUCACGAGGCUACGAUGGCUUUGUUCAGAGACUCUGCAGAUACCGAUCUCAACGAGGCAAAAGAGCGAUACGAGGCUCUUCUUGUAGAGAAGGACUCAUUGAAGGAUGAGUACGAGCGCGUAAAGGAUGAAGCGUAUGCCGAGGUUGAUAAGCUUCGGCACGAGUUGACGAUCAGAGAGCAGUUUGGCGCCGCUAGUGUUGUCGAAGUCACCAAGAAGUACGAUGCCCUCCUCGCCGAAAAGACUACUGCCGGUGAAGCCCACGAAGCCGCGCUCUCCGGUCUGAAGCAGUCACUCGAGAGCGAACGUGAGCACGCCAUUGCAGAGCUACACUCCCAGAACAGCACUUUGCAGGAGAGAAUCGCAGAGAUGGACAAAAAAUACCAGGAGGCACUUGCCCAGCUCCAGAAAGAGCUCGAAGCCGACCACUCGACUGAUACCGAGGCAUUGCGAGAACAGCUGGAAAGUGUCCAAAAGCAGCACACAGACGCUACCGAGCAAUUGGUCAAGGCGCACGAGGAUGCUAUGUCUGAGCUCAUGGUCGGUAUGCAGAACAGUGCGACCGACGCUGUUCAGCAACUGCAGAAACAAUACGACGCUCUGGAGGCGCAGAUGGGGGCCGCGAAGGCCAGUCACGCUGCGGAGAUCGAGGCCAUCCAACGAGACAGCACCGAGCAGCGAACUCAGUACAACGACCUGCAAAUACGUCUCGACAAGGCGGUCGCUGAGCUCGAGGCUUCUUCGGAGGACGUGAAGCGACUCCAGGACAUCAUCGAAGCUAUCGAGGCUGAACGUGAUCGAGCCUACAAGGCUGCCGUGGAAGCUGAAGAUCGCAUCGAGACCUUCAAGGGCGAAGUCGUUAGGAAGCAUCUCGCCCGUGUCGAGCCACUGCAGAAAGAGAACACAGCUCUGCUCAACAAGAUCGACCGUCUUCAAGACAUGCUCGCAGCUGGUGAUAGGAUCGCCCGCGCAGCCGCCAGUAUGGGGGAGAAGCGCGAUAUGAACACCUUGGCAGAAGAAUCUGAGGAGGACUUGGACAGCUCAGCUUCUGCUGGAUCUGGUGCUUCGGCUCCUCCUGUGCCACCCAAAGCUCCUCUUCUGAAUGGCGCCGCCAAGGAUGUCGUCGGUACUCAGUUGGCCGCCAUGCAAGAGACUCUUUCUCAACUCAACGCGCUGAACAACGAUGCGAUUGCCGAGAGCGAACGAACCGCCCAGAGGCUCACAGAGCGGGAUUAG